GAAGUUCAGCGCGGGUUAUUGCUAGCGUGAGGAGAGUUUGAUAUUAUGAAAAUAAAGUCUUCAAUUCCUCAUUAUUUUUGUGUAAUUCAAUCAAAUUCAUUCUCGAGUGAGAGUUGUGAAGAUCUGUGAUGAUGACGGAAGACACGGACUCAGUUCCUGACAGGGAAAUGAAGGAUUUUCAGUUUCGUCAGCUGAAGAAAAUCCGUCUGUUUGCUCCACCUGGUGAUUUACCCAAAGAACGCUCAAAUCUUCUUGCGAUCUCAAAUAAAUAUGGUCUGACGUUCGCUGGCCAAGACGGAACGCUCAAAGUGUUCUUGACGAGAGACGUCAUGGCCGUCGGGCAUGUGGAGGCAAACCCUAAUGAGAUAGUGGAGAACGUGAGCGCUGUCACAGUGAGCGUCCACAUGUCCAUGCAUCAUCUGGCUUUGAGCAGCGAUGAGCUCACGCUGUCUGUGUGCGGCACGCAAGACGCCGCCAAGCUCACAGUAUACUUCUACGACGUCCGCACCUUCUACAACAAGUCCCAACAGGAAAAACGUCCUUUUGCGUCCUUCAGUCCAGCAGAUGGAUCAAAGGUUGUUCUCCAGGACCUGAAGUGGAGUCCGGUGGAGGCGUUCCGUCUGGCCCUGUGUCUGUCUGACGGCAGUAUGAUGGUGCUGGACGUCCAGGACUCCGUUAAUGUGCUCGCUCGGCUGCCUGCGUCUACAGGGGUCACCUGCGUUUGCUGGAGUCCUAAAGGAAAGCAGGUGGCUGUUGGGAAACAGGACGCUACAGUAGUUCAGUUCACACCUACCUUACAGCCCAAGAAAGUGAUCCCAUGUCCCAGAUUCUACAGUCAGGAAAAUCCUGUCAAAGUCCUGGACGUGUUGUGGCUGAGCACAUACAGCUUCGGUGUGGUCUACGCAGCAGCAGACGGCUCUCUAGAGACUCCGCCUGACCUGGUGAUGGUGUCACUUCCUAGCAAAACCGACCAGAGGGCCGAGCUCUAUAUGAACUUUAAUGACCUGGUGUUUGGAAUCUGCACUGUGAGACAACACCAUUUUUAUCUGUGCCACAUCGAGGACUGGGAUCUCGUGUUGGCUGCAUCAGCCGCUUCUGCUGAGGUCAGCGUCAUCGCCAAACAACAAGACAAGGUGAACUGGGAGCUGUGGAUACUGGAGGACGCAAGCAGAGCCGAGCUGCCCGUAACAGAUGACAAUGAAGACACACUUCCUGUGGGCGUGGCUAUAGAUUACACUAGUCAGGAGGAGAUACAGCUCUCUGAUGAGAAUAGAGUUCGUCCAGUCCCGACAUUGAUGAUACUAUCUACAGACGGAGUUCUGUGUCCAUUCUCUUUCCUCAACCUCAACCCCGGGGUCAAACCUCUGACCAAGGCCACCAGCCCACUGCCUGUUGAUUGCGAGAGAGCUCCUUCCACCAAGUCUCUCUCUGCACCUGCUGUGUUUGCCGCCAUCUCGUCUUUCCCAGCAUCCGCCAUCUCAGCCCCGUCCCCAGCCUCCUUAACCUUCGCUCCCCCGCCUCCAGCCUAUACAUCUUCCGCACCUCCGCCCCCAAUCACUACAGCCCCGCCCCCUGCAUCGUCCUCCACAGGUUUCUCAUUCUCUCUUCCUGCUCAAGGCUCUGUCGCCCCCUCCCACUUCUCCCUCAACUCCACCUCGUCCAUCUUCUCCGCUCCCAAGCCCUCCUCAGAGGCUCCCUCAGGCUUCUCUUUCGGCUCCGCCUCUCUGAAGGAGGUCAGCAGCUCCACUCCACAGCGGACGGCAUCUCCCAUCAUCAGCACCCCUAAUAUCCCAGCGGAGCCCGCCACACCAGCGGUCAGAAUGAACCUCGCUGACAGGUAUUUGACAGUAGAUACACCAGCAUCAUCCAUCCAGCAGUUUCCUCUGACGUCCACCCCUAAACCACCAGCAUCAGAUCCCAUCAGUCAGCCGCCCUCAGUGCUGAACUUCAGCAGAGCUCCUCCAGCCAUGUCACGCCCCGCUCAAAGCUUUGCACCUCCUCUCGCUGUGCAGAAAACUGCUCUGGUUGCCCCUCCUGCGUCCAGCUCUGCACCGUCUGCGCAGGGCGUUCCUGUGAAAACCCCUGAGAAACGUCUACAGCAGAAGAAAGUUGUGGACCCCGUCAUGAUCGGAAUCCACGAGGAGAUCGAACACUUUCAAAAGGAGCUGGACGAGCUGAGGACUAGCUGUAGGAACUUCAACUUCAUAGUGGGCAGCACAGACGAGAUGAGAGAGCUCCGGAAAGAAUCAGAGAACUUGCACAUCUUCGCUGGGGAAAUCAAAGACACCACCGAGUCUGUGCAUGGAGACAUCAGAAUGCUGAAGACCAGCCUGCUGGAGGGGUUUGCUGGUGCAGAAGAAGCCAUAUCCCAGAGCGCACUCAACCGGGAUAAAGACUACCUGCAGCUGCUUUACAAGAAACCGCUGGACCCUCGACGAGAAGAACAGCUCAAGGAGAUCCGCCGCAUGUAUCAGUAUGUGAAGUUUGCCAUGGAGGACGUGAACGAUGUUCUGGACCUGGAGUGGGAGAAACACUUGGAGAAGAGAAAGAAGCAGAGGCACAUGGUGGUCCCAGAAAGAGAAUCUCUGUUUACUGCUCUGGCCAAUCAUCUUGACAUCAUCAACCAGCAGAAACAUCGCCUGGAGAAGCUGCUCAAUGACCUGCACAAACUGAGACUCUACAAAGGCACGUCAGCGAGGAGUUUCCCCAGCCGGACCCCCUCAACACCUUCACAAGAGAGUUUGGACAGUGAGCUGGAGAGUUUGAAAGACGCUCUUCUGAAAGCCAGUCUGGAUGCGUCACCCAGAGCUCCUGUCAAAUCGCCAUCUAAAAUGACUCCAGCCAAGCAGACGCAGCUGAGGAACUUUCUGUCUAAGAGGCAGACGCCGCCGGUGCGAUCAACAGCUCCUGCGAAUCUGUCUCGCUCAGCGUUCCUGUUCCCUCAGUAUUCUGAGGAUGAGGUGAGCUCCACCUCCUCUCUCUCUCAGCCUCUCGAGUCGGAGGACAUAUUGGCUAUGGCAGAAGAAGAGGAGGAACCUGGACCCAUCCCCAUCGUGAUGCCCUCUGUCCUGCGGCACUCAGCGGUGGUCCGCACGCCCUCCAUACAGCCCGGCUUCAGUAUGCAGUCUGAUCCGUUCAGUAGAGUCGCGACCGGCCUCGUUCCCAUCCUUAGUAGUGCACAUAAGAUAAUCAUGGACAGCGCAGACAGCACAUCAUUAGCUACCAAAACAGUGAAGCACGGAGCCCCGCCCACCGAGAGGACCACACCCACCACUAUCCCCGCCACUCAGGCCGCAGCAAUAGCUGCUCUUAACAGACACAUAACCAGCCAGAAACCAGGAGCUCCUCUGACCGAGUCCACUCUCAAGGUCGUUCCUCAGGUGGUCAACGUACAGGAGCUGAGAGAUGAAGGACCACCGGCGCCUGUGUCCACUGUCAUCAGCUCGUCGGUUCCCGCUCCAGCAGCUCAGGUGGUCCAGCAGGUUUUGGCUACAGUGGAGGCCAGUAAAAAUUCCUUUCAAGGAGGAUUAAAGGUCUCUGCUCCUCUGGCAGGAGCGGCUCAAAGCACACCAGUGGGUUUUUUGUUCGCUGCAGCAGUAGACGCAGGUGUAACUUCAUCAUCAAACUCAAAGGUUCCUUCAGGCUUCUCUUUCACAGCAGGACCUGGGUUCAAUUUCACAAGUACCUCUCAGUCACAGGACAACACUCAAGCUAAGAGUUCUGCUCUUCCAGGCAAGUUCUCUUUUGCCAGCAGUACGGCAGCUAAGAAGGCAUUUGCCUCAUCGGGAUCUGAAGAGUCCUUUUCCUUCGCUCCCAAACUCAUGUCUCCUGCACAGAACGUGAGCUCCUCCACUCCUCCUCCUGCUUUAGCCGAGACCGCAAAACUCCCACCGGCUCCCAAAGCUCAGGGUGGAGCCGGAGAGACCCUCGGCUGUUUCUCUGGUUUACGAGUAGGCCAAACUGACGAGGCCUCCAAAGCCAUGAGUUUCGCUUUUGGAUCAUCCAGUAACGGAUCUACAGGAUUCACGUUUGGCCCUCCUCAGAUCAAGCCCGUGGAAAGUGGCGCUUCAUCCGAUUCAGUAGUUCCUAAAGCCGAGGGUCCCAAGACGACUACACCACAAGCAUUUGGACUGUCAUCUACGUUCACCUUUAAACCACAGGAGGGAACGCUUCUGUCGACAACGCCAGCUUUCACAAUUCCAUCAACAACAUCUUUUCCCCCAGCCGCCACCUCGUUCAACAGUCUCUUGCAGGCACCUCUUCCCGAGUCUGUGACAAAGUCCCCGCAAACCGAGGCGUCUUCAUCAACUGAGCUAGCUGUCUCUGAAGUACAGGAACCGCAAACAGAACCCAGUCAUGAACCCACAACCCCACCCACCCAAUCUACUCCUGAAGGACCUGCUUCCUCCCAACCCGCUAGUGUCGAUACCACUGUUCCGUCUACAGACACGCCCUCAGUGCCUUCCGCCCUCACCCCAGAGGUCACACCACCCCCAGCUACAGUUACCCAACCAGCCGAGGUGACACCCGUCACCAAACCCCCCGCAGAACCCGUCUCUGCUCCUGCCUCUGAGGUCACUACCGUUCCCGAACCCACCCCUGCGUCCCAAGAGGCCCCAGCAGCAUCAGUCGCCACACCUUCAGUUCCACCAUCAGACAAGCCAGGAUCUAUUUUUGCCCCACCGUUGGGCGGCACAGACGGUCCAAUGUUAGGAGCCGUCAAUCUCACCCCAGUCGUGAGUACGGCAGCACCAUCCACCCAGUCAAACCCGCCGGUGACCAGCACAGCGAGCACAGCUCCCAUCGCAGCGUUCGGUCAGCCUCCGGGUGCUGCAUUUGGAUCUCCAGGUUUUGGCACUUCUGCCGCCUCUGGCUUCAGCAAACCGGCGUUUGGACAGAGUACCGGUGCUGGUUUUGGCCAGCCUGCAGCCCCAGGCUCUAGUAGCGGCUUUACGUUUGGGCAGCCGGCGUUUGGCGGUGCUGUGUCUGGAUUUGGUCAGCCGGCGGCACCUGCAGCUGUUACCACAACCUCCAGCGAUGGAGGAGGACUAUUUGGAGCCUCGACAGGCAGCGGUGCCAGUUCAUUCUCGUUCGCCGCCCCCACCAGUUCAGCCAGCAGUACAGGUGCAGGACAUUUCGGUCAGAGCAGCGCGCCGGUCUUCGGACAGCCCAGCUCAGGCUUUGGGCAGGGCUCUUUAUUUGGCAAUAACACAACUACAUCGUCCUCUACUGGAUUCGGCUUUGGACAACAGUCAGUGUUUGGCAGCAGUACGUCCUCUUUAUCUGUGUUUGGUCAGCAGACCAGCGGCACUAGCGUCUUUGGUCAGGCUCAGUCCGGCGGAGGUCUGUUCAGUUCUUCUGCAGGAAACGCGUCAUCUGGAUCCGGGUUCUUCAGCGGUCUUGGAGGCAAACCCAGCGAAGACGCCGCCAACAAGAACCCGUUUGGGUCAACGGGCACAGGAGGCUUCGGUCAGAACGUCGCUGCAGCAGGUUCCAGCAGUCUGUUUGGGAACAGUGCAGCUAAAGGCUUAAGUUCGUUCGGCGAGCAGAAGACCAGCGGUUCAUUCAGUACCGGAGCGGGAACUGUGGCGGCGCAGGGCUUCGGGUCAUUCUCAACACCCACCAAACCAGGAGGUUUCAGCAACCCCCCCUCGUUCGGCAGUCCUCCUUCCUUCGGUGGCUCUCCAGCGUUCGGAGCUCAGUCCAAUUUUGGGCCCGCCCCUUCCUUCAGCAGUCCGCUGGGUGGCUCCUCCUCCACAGGGAAGGUGUUCGGAGAGGGCACUGCGGCCGCCAAUGUGGGCGGAUUCGGGUUUGCCUCACCUUCCAACGCACCCACGUUCGGCAGUAUAGCCAAUCAGAAUACAGCGCCUCCACCAUCGUUUGGGAGCAUAGCCAACCAGAAUACAGCACCAUCGGCUUCAUUCGGGAGCAUAUCCAAUCAGAAUACAGCACCGCCACCAUCGUUUGGAGCAUAGCCAAUCAGAAUACAGCACCGCCGCCGCCGUUUGGGAGCAUAGCCAAUCAGAAUACAGCACCGCCGCCGUCAUUCGGGAGCAUGGCACAGCAGCCAUCAGGGUUUCCAGCUCCGAACACAGGAUUCCCCGCCUUCGGCUCCCCUGGAGGAGUGACAGGAUAUACGCUACAGACAUGCAUCUGCGGCUGGUCGAAGAUAACAUCAUACCAUGGUCUUAGAACCCAUCAGGGCAAGAUGAAGUGCCUGAAGUUUUAACUGGUUCCGGUACAGUACCCGGAAUUCGGUGCCGGUUUUGGAGGUUUUGGAAACACAAACAACAACCAGUCAUCACCGUCUCAAACGUUCAGUAGUUGGAGAAGCUAAUUAUGUUUCUCGUUGGCAUUUUAUGGAGUGACAUUGAAGAUCGAUAGAUUUUAUUUUUUUGUUUAAUUGAAAUAUUCAGAGCUUUGACAUAUUUAUGUUUUCUGACAAACUCUGUUAAGUUCUGUUUUAAGCUGCACAAUUAAAAAUAAACACAAACGCUGUUGACCAUCA